AUGGAGCCCUCGUGGAACUCCUCCUCACACAGCCCUCCGCACGCACACUCCGCCUCCAACAUGUCCGCCUCGCUGGUGCCCCCCGCGCAGGACUGGGCGCUCUCCCACUGCCUAGCCCUGCUGGCCAUGCUGCUCAUGGACCUGCUGGCCGUGGUGGGCAACGGCGCCGUCAUGGCCGUGAUCGCCAAGGCGCCGCAGCUCCACAAGUUUGCGUUCGUCUUCCACCUGUGCUCGGUGGACCUGCUGGCCGCGCUGGUGCUGAUGCCCCUGGGGAUGCUCUCCGGCCGGGCCUUCUUCGGGGAGGCGCUGUGCCGCAGCUACCUCUUCCUCAGCGUGUGCCUGGUGAGCGCCGCCAUCCUCUCCAUCUCCGCCAUCAACGUGGAGCGCUACUACUACGUCAUCCACCCCAUGCGCUACGAGGUGAAGAUGACCGUGGGCCUGGUGGCCUCGGUGCUGGUGGGGAUCUGGGUCAAGGCCCUGGCCAUGUCCGUCCUGCCCCUGGUGGCCUGGCUCCUGCAGGGCGGCCGGGGCCCUCUGCUGGACGGGGGCGGGGUGGGGGUGGGGGUGGCGGCGGCCGGCGGGGUCGGAGGAGGCGGCGGCGGCGGCGGGCCCGGGGGCCCCCCGGCGCCGUCCCCGGGGGGCCACAGGCGGUGCUCGCUGCACUGGACGGUGGGGGGCUCCAACCGCCUGGUGUUCAUGGUCCUCUUCACGCUGGUGUACUUCCUGUGCCCGCUGCUGCUCAUCCUGGUGGUGUACUGCAACAUGUUCAAGGUGGCCCGCGUGGCCGCCAUGCACCGCGGGCCCCUGCCCACCUGGAUGGACACGCCCCGCCGCCAGCGGCUGGAGUCCAUCAGCAGCCGCUCCACCAUGGUGACCAGCUCGGGGUCGGGCACGGGCACGGCCCGCGCCACCCCGCACAGGUCCUCCUUCGGCGGGGGCAAGGCGGCGGCCGUGCUGGCGGCCGUGGGCGGCCAGUUCCUCUGCUGCUGGCUGCCCUACUUCUCCUUUCACCUGUACUCGGCGGUGGCGGCCACCCCCCCCGCCGCCCUGGCCUCCCUGGAGGAGGUGGUCACCUGGAUCGGCUACUUCUGCUUCACCUCAAACCCCUUCUUCUACGGCUGCCUCAACAGGCAGAUCCGCGAGGAGCUGGGCAAGCACGUGCCCUGCCUGUUCCGACGCGCCCGCCCGGAGGACGAGGACCUGGACGGCCGCGAGGGCUCCAUCGAGGAGAACUUCCUGCAGUUCCUCCAGGGCACGGGGUGUAACCUCGACCCCCCGGACUCGCAGGGCACGUCCAGCCCCAAGGGAGAGGCGUGCCGCCCCGCGGUCCACGCUCAGGCCACUCAAGCCCCGCAGGCCGUUCCUAUCGAUUUCAGGAUUCCCGGGCAGAUCGCCGAGGACACGGCAGAGUUCACGGAUAGUGAGCACGUGAAAAAAAACAACCAUAUAAUAAAAGACAGUUAG